AUGUACAUAGACUUGUGUAACAAUGUUGCGAAGUUGAAAAUUACAGCCAGACGGAAAAAUACGAAGAAGAAGAAGAAGGAAAAAAACCACACAAACCAACAAAACAGCAAACCAGCAAAACAGCAAAACAGCAAAACAGCAAAACAGCAAAACAGCAAAACAGCAAAACAGCAAAACAGCAAAACAGCAAAACAGCAAAACAGCAAAACAGCAAAACAGCAAAACAGCAAAACAGCAAAACAGCAAAACAGCAAAAAUCCCGAAGCAAGAAAACAAUAA